UCAAGAUUUUUUUCCCCCAACAUUAAACCUGAACUUAAAGCCCACCACCACCAUAGAAACUUCAGAUUCCUUAUUCCUCUUACAUAGCCUCUGUCUCCAAAACUCACAACACACAUCUUACUCCAUUCUUACCCAAAUAACACUUCCCUGUUCUCUCACUUUCUGUCCAUUUUUCUCAGCUCAACAUUAUUCUUACCCCUCAUUCAAUUCACAAUCAAAGCUAUGAAACUUCCCUUGUUUUUCAGAUUAUUAAUAAGCUUCUUGUUCUUACUAUACAAACCCCUGAAAUGUUUUUCCUCUACUACUUUCAACUCCCAGAAUAAUUCAUCAAUGUUAAUUUUGGCGCUAAAAACUCAAGAAAUGUCAUCUGGGUCCUUCCCUAGAGCUGCAAACAAGCUUCCAUUUACACACAAUGUAACACUUACUGUUUCUCUAUCAGUUGGUAGACCUCCACAGAAUGUUACAAUGGUACUUGAUACAGGCAGUGAACUCUCAUGGCUACAUUGCAACUCAACCCGAAUCAACCAACCUCUUUUCAACCCGAACCGGUCAGUUUCUUACCGACCCGUUUCUUGUUCAUCACCAACUUGUACGACCCGAACACAAGAUUUCUCUAUACCAGCUUCUUGUGACUCCAAGAAUUUAUGUCAUGCCGUGCUUUCUUAUGCAGAUGCUUCAUCUUCUGAAGGGAAUUUAGCUAUGGAUACGUUUAAUAUUGGUGGGUCAAAUUUUUCGGAUACUAUAUUCGGGUGUAUGGAUUCGGGUUUCAGUAGUAAUUCGGAUGAAGAUUCAAAGACAACUGGGUUAAUGGGUAUGAACCGUGGAGCACUCUCAUUUGUUUCACAAAUGGGGUUUAAGAAGUUUUCAUAUUGCAUUUCGGGAUCGGAUUUUAACGGCGUUUUGCUUCUUGGUGAGUCUAAUUUUACUUGGGUUUUGCCGUUAAAUUACACGCCGUUAGUAGAAAUUUCACUUCCAUUACCUUACUUUGAUAGAGUAGCAUAUACUGUUCAACUUGAAGGUAUUAAAGUUUCGGAUAAAUUACUUUCAAUACCAAAAUCCGUAUUUGUACCCGAUCAUACCGGAGCGGGUCAAACCAUGGUUGAUUCGGGUACCCAAUUUACAUUCCUACUUGGUCCAGCUUAUACUGCACUAAGGAAUGAGUUUUUGAAUCAAACUAAGGCAACUCUUAAGGUUCUUGAGGAUCAAGAUUUUGUUUUUCAAGGUGCAAUGGACUUGUGUUAUCGUGUACCUGUUAACGCAACGAAGUUACCUGCAUUACCAUCGGUGAGCUUAGUAUUUCGAGGCGCGGAAAUAACGGUUUUGGGAGAGCGGUUGUUGUAUCGGGUACCCGGUGAAAUUCGGGGCAAUGACUCGAUACAUUGCUUCACGUUUGGAAAUUCCGAGCUACUAGCUAUCGAGGCGUAUAUUAUUGGUCACCAUCAUCAACAAAAUGUGUGGGUCGAGUAUGAUCUUGAAAAAUCUCGCAUUGGUUUUGCUCAAGUACGGUGUGAUGUAGCGAGUCAAAGAUUUGGUCUCUAUCGUUAAUCACAGGUCAAAUAUUUACUAUUCUUUUCGGAUAUUAUAUACUAUAAUUCGAGUAAAAAAUAGCGUGUGUUUCUGCCCGAGUCCAACAACAACAAUAAUCCCACAUAUGGGUUUGGGAAGGAUAAUCUUACCCUACGUGUGAAGCUAGAGAGGUUGUUUUUGCCCGAAUCCAUAGCACCAAAAUAGAUGGUGGAAAACAUGUUGAUGCAAUUAGUUAUACUACUAUGGUGUGAUUAAUUGACUUUUGCAACUAGCUUUGAAAUGUGGCGAGUGGUCCCAAGAAAUUACACCGAUGGAAUUUAUGAAUUGCCAUACUGAAGAUGAAGGUGGGGUUGGUUUCAUGGCUAGAAUAUGGUUGGUGAUUUUAAAGAGAGGCUUUCAAUUAAGAAGAUUGUCCUUUCACAAUUUUGUACAUUACCUUUUUUGAGUUAGACAGAAGUUGGAUGGUUGAAAGUUAGAUAUUCUUUGAGCUGGUUCGGCCAUAACUGUGUGGCUGAAGAUAAAGGGUGUGCUGAUUUUUCAAAGGCAAUUAAUAAUCUUCUUGUA